AUGCCUGUGGUGAUUCUUGCACCGAAUGAUGACAUGCUGGAUAAACUUAAAUCCAAUAUGGAAGAAGUCCAAGCACGUGGUGGUGAACUGUUUGUUUUUGCUGAUGAAAAUAGCGGUAUCGUGGCUAAAGAACGCCAACAUGUUGUCUAUGUUCCAACGAGGUCCUUAUGGGACACAAUCAUAAUCACCCCCAUAAUAGCCAUAGUGAUCACAACCACGCACAUGUACCUGAAGCAACUACAGGAAAUGAAAGAAAAAUUCUGA